CUAUAACAACCCUAUGGCGGAAAUUCCACGUGAGGUGCUACGUUGGCUUCUCUCAUUGGAUAUUAAUUUCGAACACAAAAACCCAAAAUGGUUGGCAUAAAAUAUGUUUGUAGUAAAGUGACAAAUAGGUGUGUUUCCAAUGGCAUUAUAGUGGCUGAAAUUUUGCAUAAUUACCAACCGAGAAUGGUGAAUCUUGCGAAAUUUAUCGAUGGACAAAGUAUAAAAGUCAAACUAAAAAAUUGGGAUAUGAUCCAAAAGAUACUUCAAAGUUUGGGCAUUUAUUUGCCACCAGAUAUCAUUGAGUGUGCAGCGCAUAACAAAAGCAAUGCAGGGAUUAUUCUUUUGACUAUUCUUUACGAAAUAUUUUCAAAAAAGAAAAUGAAAGAAAUCUCAAAACCUUUAGAUCCCACAGAUUUAGAAUACCAAUUUUCCCUACCCGUGUAUGCGAGAUCAUGUCUAGCAAAGUUCAUCAAAGAUAACUUAACCUCCUCAGAGAUGGAGACCACACCAGACAUAUUUACUAACCGAAAGAAAGUUCAACUGUUGGCAUUAGCUUACAAAAGUAUGAAAAUUACUGAGAGAAUAGAAGAACCAAGGAGAUUUAGAGUAUUCCGGUCAUUAGCAUCACAGUGUCAUAGGUCAGACUUAUCAAAACCAAGUAAAAAAAUGCGUACUAACAAGGCAAGCGCCAUGAUGUGUAGUGAGUCCAUUGAUGAAACACCAUUCAACGAUAACGUUAUGACGAUCCAACCGAAGCAACAAACAGUUUAUGAGUAAACCUGAUGUGAACUCGUAAAUCAAAUUAGUGUAGUUAUUAUGACCUUUCCUUACAUUUAUUUCUACUAUUCUUUGAAUUUUACUGUCCUAUUUCCCAUGCCGUAGAAAAUAUAUUCAAGUCACGAGCGAGC